UCACUCGGUCCAUGAAAGGCAUGAAAGCUAAUGGCCGCUAAAGUCUAUCCACGAAACAGCUGAUGUGCGUUGUUGUUUCUCAAUUUUAAAUUGAUAUUUUAACGGGAUCAACUGUGGCAAAACACUUAGAUGAUACGUUAUUCGCGUAAUUGUUUUGUGUGGAAUUCAGGAUGUCACUGACCAUACAACAAAUAAUUUUGGAUGCAAAAAGACUCGCUGGCCGUCUUAAAGAACGCGAAACUGAAUCGGAUGCUUUGCUAACUGAAACUCAAUCUGCGUAUCGACAAAUCCAUACCAUGAAACAGUACAAAGAAGAGGUUGAUACACUGAAUGAGGCUUCUCGUGAACGCCCGCGAGGCGCCCUUAUAGCUAGCAUAGAAAGGGAGUCACGCUUAAUGAGGGAUGUUCAAAGGGAAAAUGGCGAGCUCCGGGCUGCACUAGAAGAACACAGGCGGGCUUUGGAGCUCAUCAUGUCAAAAUACAGACAGCACACUGAAAAGAGAGUGUGGGAGUCCAGAAUAGACUUUACAGCAGCUGUCAAUGAAAAACAGCAGGAGCUCAUUCGUAAACAAGCAGAGAGAAUCAAUGAAAUGACCAGCAUCAUGUACAAAGCUGUGAAUAUGGAGGAGAACGGUGAGAAAAGAAGGGAGGAAGAGGUGUACCACAGGCUCAUCACUGAAAACAAGGGCUUGCGAGAGAUGCUGGACCUGUCGCGGCGGUACGGGUCGGACCGCGCGGCGGCGCCGCCCACCGAGGACAAGGACGUGCAGACGGACGCGCCGCCCCGCCGCACGCGUGACGCGCCCCGCCCGCGCCCGCCGACCACGCUGUACAUGAGCCCCCCCGUGUCUGAGUGCUGACAUCACACCCCGACUCUAGAGUUGAGACAGUGCACUGUGGAACGACGCCUGACGGGCCGGUUGCAUCAAACCGUCUGUCACCGUUAAAGCGUUCGUUCAAUUUUAUUGUAUGGCAAGUUCCAUAGACGUCUGCUGCGUGACGAUUCUAUGUCUGUCAAAUUUGGUUGAUGCAACUGUCCCUUAGUGAGUUUUCACAAUAUCCGAUCCGAUAUCCUAGAUGUAGUGCGAAAAUAG